AUUAACGUAUUGUGAAAUCCUGGAACGUACUGCGUUAUAGUCAGCCAUGGUAAAAGUAGGUGUGCGGUUUUUACAGUCGCUUCUUUUCCUAGCUGUUUUCACGACUUUCCUGGCCAAUUUAUUGUUAAUUCUUAAGUCAAAUGGUCCAUGUACAAAGGUCAAUUCUGGAUUUCCAUGGCACAGCAGCGAACGUGUGGAAUUGUUAGACAAGAAACAAUUGGACGAAAGUCGAAAAGAUAACGUGCAUACACGACCACCCCCAAGUGAUCGUGAAAUCACAGCCACAUCAAAUGACAAUGAUGAGAUUAAAAUAUUGCAAAUUGAAGUCUUGUCAAGCAAGAGCAACAUCUCAGUUACAGUGAACGGGAAAAAGCUAUUAUAUGGAAAUCAUCCGAAUUUAGUUGGAAUCAACGUCGUUGUUGUCAACCAAGAAACUGGAGAGAGAAUGGGAACUAGGGCCUUUGAUACGUACGACCUUGAGCAAGAAGCUCAGCUUUUGCAAGAAUUUGUCGAAGAUGUUACAGUUGGGAGAAUCAUUUGCUUUACUGUUAGGGAUGAGGCUUCAGACCAUCUCAAGAAAAGCGUGCGCGCCUUUCUCAAACACUUUGGAAGUGUUUUCAUCAACCGUCUAAAAUGGAGAGACAUGUGGGCUUUUGUAAUACAGAAAACCAAAUAUAGCGCUCGUGUCAUUGGAGAAGCACAUCAGAGAUGCAUGACUAAAGAUGGACAAGGGUGCCAAUCUGGCUAUGGCGAAGCGUGGGCACCUCCUGUCAGCCUUGUGGUCACUUUUCGGGCAGAGAGGAGCCAGGAUGCAUGUGAAUGGGAGGAUACCCCCAGUAAUAGACGCAGAAGAAAGUUUUGUAGACGAUAUGAAGGAUAUCCUGGAGUUUGUAGCUGUAAGUAG